AAUGAAUUUUACACUCAACCAGUUACCUUAAUAACUCUUUGUUUGUGUGCGUGUGUGUGUGUGUUUGUGUGCGUGUGUGUGUGUGUGUUUAGCUCUGACGAAGAGAAGGAGAGCAAGAAGAAGCAGGUUCGUCCUCUGUUCAGACACUUCAGACGGAUCGACGCCUGUCUGCAGCCCAGAGAGGCUUUCAGAGGCUCCGACGAGAUCUUCUGCAGGGUCUACACUCCAGAUCAUUCCUACGUCACCAUCAGGAGUCGUCUGUCCUGUCGGGUCGGAGAGAUUCUGGCUCUGGUCCGAGAGAAGCUCCAGUACAGCGAGGACCAGCCGGUUCUGCCUGGAAACCUCGUCCUGGUGGCCGUCACAUCAGCUGGAGAGAAGGCAGUGUUUCGUCCCAGUGAUGAGGCCGUCUUCACCACGCUGGGAGUCAACACUCACCUGUUUGCUUGUGAACCUACUGAGCUCGACUCACUGCUUCCUCUUCCUGAGGAGAUCCACUGGACGCCCGGUGACAGCAAACUCCAUGACAUGUCAGCAGAGGAGGUGGCCAAUCAGCUGGUGGUGUUCGACUGGGAGCUCUUCAGCUGUGUGCACGAGGUCAGUACGAAAUACUACUAAUACUGA